UCCAAACUGAUUUUCCAGACACUGGGUCACUGACUACUAAUUUUAAGACCCAUAAUCUAUGUAGACUAGACUGUAGUCAAUUGAACUUUAAAUCGAAAAUCGUUAACUUCCCAAAGCACAUUUUCACUGUAGAUCAAAGGGAGAAGUUGUCAUAUCACCUUGGUAUGAGCAGCGCCGGGGGAGCGAUGAGCGGUUCCCUGCGCUCGGGUCGGAAAGGCGUAUCGUGUCUGAUACAGGACCAGAAUUGCACGCGCUUUGUGGAUACACUCUCCUGGAACCACACCGUGAUCAAUGAGUACGGACUGGAGGACGUGCCAUCUGCAACCCCCUCUGUGGCCAUGGGUCAUGAGGGCCCUCGUCAUCCCUUCCCCACGGUGGACGUACCUGACCACGCCCAUUACACAAUAGGGGCCGUCAUCCUGACUAUUGGCAUCACUGGUAUGGUGGGGAACUUUCUGGUCAUCUAUGCCUUCAGCAGGAGCAGGUCCCUGAAGACUCCAGCCAACAUGUUCAUCAUUAACCUGGCCAUCACUGAUCUCCUGAUGUGUCUCACCCAGGCACCUAUUUUCUUCACUACCUCUAUGCACAAAAGAUGGAUCUUUGGAGAGAAAGCUUGUGAGAUGUAUGCAUUCUGCGGGGCCCUGUUUGGCAUCUGCUCUAUGAUCACUAUGACGGUGAUAGCAGUGGACCGCUACUUCGUCAUCACCCGUCCGCUCUCCUCUAUCGGAGUGCUUUCUAAAAAGCGGGCCCGGCUUAUCCUCAUGGCUGCCUGGGUCUACUCGCUCGGCUGGAGCCUGCCCCCUUUCUUUGGCUGGAGUGCCUAUGUUCCAGAGGGCCUGUUGACCUCCUGCACCUGGGACUAUGUGACCUUCACCCCUUCAGUGCGUGCUUACACCAUGCUUCUCUUCACGUUUGUCUUCUUCCUCCCACUCAUUGUCAUUAUGUACUGCUACUUCUUCAUCUUCAGAGCCAUACGGACAACUGAAAGGGCUGUAACCAAGAUUAAUGGCACCGGAAACACCAGAGACUCCAUCAAGAGUUUUCACCGGCUGAAGAACGAGUGGAAGACGGCUAAGGUCGCCCUGAUUGUCAUCCUCUUUUACGUCAUCUCCUGGUCCCCCUACUCCGCUGUGGCCCUGACAUCCUUUGCAGGGUACGCUGAUUUUCUAACGCCCUACAUGAACUCAGUGCCUGCAGUGAUCGCCAAGGCUUCAGCCAUUCACAACCCCAUCAUAUACGCCAUCACCCACCCCAAAUACAGGACGGCCUUAGCCAAGUACAUUCCGUGCCUGGGGGUGUUGCUGUGUGUACGUAGACGAGACCUGCGCUCCACCAACAGCAGCUUCACGUCCAUCCGCCGCUCCACCGUCACCAGCCAGACGUCCGACAUCAGCGACCGCUUACGCCGCACCAGCACCAUUAAGUCCCGCCUCUCCUCUGCCUCUGACAGCGAAUCGGGCUGGACAGACGUGGAGGCUGACCUGUCCAGUAUGAGCUCCAGGCCGGCUAGCCGCCAGGUGUCCUGUGAUAUCAGCAAGGACAUGGCUGAACUCCCAGCUCUCAAACCUUACAGCUCCUCCAGCUUUGUGUCCAAGAUGAAGAGCCAUGACUCAGGUGUCUUUGAGAAGAACUCUUAUGAUGUGAACGACAUCUCCAUGACAGACGUGGGACUCAGUUACCAUGUCUUGCCUUCCACUGCAGCUGAUUUGCCGGAAUUCACCUUAACAAGAGGACUGAUCAGCCGGAUCCCCAGUAUAGUCAUCACCUCAGAAACCAGCCCAUUCUUACCCGUCCUUAGGGCCGGUUCCCAUGGUUCCUGUACCAGGCCAGUCAGUGACAGUGAAAGGGUUUUGAGUGUUGAGCAGGGGUCAACACUUCCUUCAAACUCCUCCAACAGUGACACCUCGACCGCUCUCAUCUGAUUUCCACUUCCCCCAGUAUGUGUGGUGAGCAGUACUGUAUAUGAUCAUUUACAGUGUCCAUGCAAAAACAUGCAACUUAUCUACAGAUCAAGCUAACCCUCUUGUCAAUGUUUUUUUUACUGAAACAUUUUUGUUUUGGUUGCUUUGUGGUCCCAGACAAUGUGUAGACCUGUGGUUUGUUAACUGAGCACUUUGAGUUGUCAGCCGUGACAGCAUAGCUCACAUCAGUAUUUACCUUUUCUCCAGGAGUGGAUGAGCUUUUAUGGGUCAACUGAGAAUAAACGUCAGUAGAUUAGGUAAAGGUUAGAAAAGGUUAGGUUUAGGUAUUAACAUUAAUAUUACCUUUCACAACAAGGUUAGAGUCAACCUGGCUAAGCAUUGUCACACAGCAGCUUCAAACCUGUUUUAAACUUUUCAAAAAAAAUCUCCAAGCCCAAGUCUUUUCCUCUUAGAUCUGCGAGAAGCAGGUGGCUGAAACAGAUGAAACAGAUCUGUUGUUUGUCAUAAUGGAGUCAUGACAGGAAAAGUCAGAGCUGAGGUGAAGAAGGCUGAGGGAUAUCUUUGCUGGGAGUCACAGAGCGCUGCUGGUGUUUGAUGGAAAUGUCAGGCUGUCUAGGGUAUUGAUUGAGGUUCUUACUGUGGAUCAAGGCUUUAGUAAACACAGAUUUCAUCACACAGGGCAUAGGCUUUCAGGCUCAUUGACUGUUAGGAAGUGUUGGAUGUGUAGCACUAUAAAUACACAACUACAUGUUUUUGUGCAAGACAGACUCCCUCUGGGGGCAAUACAGUAUUAUUUUGCAGAAGUUACACAUUGUAGCUAUUUUUCCUGUGGACAAAUUGUCAGAUUUAGAAGUCAUAUUUGGCUUACAAUAUGUAGUUGUGUCCAGUACACUGUUAGAUGUGAUUGGUUCAUGGGCAGCAGUUUAGUAGGUUAACAGAGAUACCAUGUAAACAAACUAAUGUUGACAGGUGUUACUGUGUUUUUAUGGAAGGAAAUGGACUGGCAGUCUAAAGGAAGCAUUGGUUGGGAGUCAGAGAAUAAUUGAUAGCACAUGUAAUGAGUACAGAAGAGGUAUUUAUAAGUAUACAUGCUUUGUGCAGAUAUGUAGUGUCUGUUAUCUUAUGCAUUAUCAUCUCCUUUUGGGAUUAUGCUUGUAAUUAAGCUGUGUCUUUCUAAGACUUCUUUUUUUUUACCAGUUAGUAUUAAAUUAAAACAUACCUAAAAUAUCCACACUAAGAUGAUCAUACAUAUUUAAUAUCUCUUCCAAUGGGGUCUUUCUUAAUCUAAGUCAUGGCAGAAUCAGUACCGUAAAACAAAUUAUGGAGCGAAGUGAUUCAAGGGCACAGUUCAAAUAAUGGAAAAGUAAAAACUCCUUGUGCAUUUAAACUUCAAAAUGAUCUAAGAGAAUGUUAAAUCUGAAGAAACCCUUUCUAAGUUCUCCAUUUUCAAUUGAUGACAUUUUUUAAUCAGUUAUUUUAUGUGU